CGAAGGUCUAGCCAGGUACAGCAGCCGGUACAAUAGACAAAAUAUACACCGGUUAGAAAAUGGUUAAACGAACGUUUACGUGUCAAGAACUAAGCCAACUUAAUACCAAAGAUAAUGCCUUCGUUGCUGUACGAGGAAAGGUUUACGAUGUGACUAAAUUCAUCGAUCGCCAUCCAGGAGGUCGGGAUGUGUUGCUGAUGGCUGCAGGAAAGGAUGUAACUAUGGUUUUCGAGUCAUACCAUGCUUUUUCAGACAAAGCGGACAAGGUUCUAGAGAAAUAUUAUGUUGGAGAAUUAAUAACAAAUGAAUUACCAACUUAUCCAAAAUCUGGGCUUUUCUUUCAAACUGUAAGAGACAGAGUUCAAAAGUAUUUCAAGGAUAACAAUAAGGAUCCCAAGGAUCCAGGCUGGCUGUGGAUUCGUCUUGUGCUUUAUCCCCUGCUUUAUUGGGUAUUAUGGUAUGCACAGUUGACCUGGUUGGCCGGUAACCUUAWGUGGUCUUGUGUAGCUGCUACAAUUAUGGGAGCAUGUGGUGCACUUCUAUGUCUGACAAAUGUUCAUGAUUCCAGUCAUUUUGCCAUUACUCAUUCUCCAUGGAUAUGGAAGUUGAUUGGGACAGGAGUGCACAAUGUGACUUUGGGCUGCUCGUAUUUCUGUUGGGUUUUGCAGCAUACUUUUGGUCAUCACCCCUACACUAAUGUAGAUGGUGCUGAUCCUGAUAUUGUGACAUCAGAAAAGCCACCUGAUGUAAGGAGAAUCAAAGAGAGCCAAGUAUGGCUACCRUUUUAUAUCUUCCAGCAUCUGUACGCACCCCUCCUSUAUGGUGUGGUAAGCACAAUUUUGACUAGCGGAGGGUGGGUAGGGAWAUCAUAUUGCUCUGUUAGUGAACUUAKCGCUUUUUUGGGGAUAUACGACCUUUCAGCCAAAACAAGACUUCAAGAACUCGUCAUUAUGUUUAAUGGUACAAAUGGAACAAUGAACAUGAAUGCGUUGUCCCCGUCUUCGUAUUUUCUAUUUUACUUYGGUAAAAUUGCUUAUUUUAUCCAAAGGCUGGUGAUACCGCUGCUCRUACUCCCAUUCACCCACGUGUUAAUUUUGACCUUCAUAACUGAAGCAAUGAUCAGCUAUUGGCUUGCAUUAACCUUUCAGAUCUCACAUGUUGUCAGUGAGGUUGAGUGGCCGCAGCCUGAUGAUAAGAAUCACGUCAAUCAAGAUUGGGCAGAGCUACAAAUUCAAACCACUUUGGAUUACGCUACUGAYAGCUGGUUUUGGAAUACGUUUACAGGUGCUCUGAAUCAUCAGUCAACGCAUCACUUGUUCCCAGGCGUCAGUCAAGUACACUAUCCCCAGAUCUCCCCGAUAGUCCGCAAAACAUGUGAGGAAUUCAACGUCAGAUAUAACUAUCUCCCUACUUUCACACAGGCGCUUGGCGCCCACCUCGGCCAUCUCAGAAGGCUUGGUCAAGAUAAAGAGGCUAGAGCYAUUGAUGCUCGCCAAGGAUGAUGGGAUCGAUUAUUAGAUUAUUAUGACGUUGAAAAUAGACAUUGUUCAGUCGAUGAUGUACUUCACUAGGAUGUUGAACGUCUGCCCAUGCAUGUGCGAGCUAAGGGAAAGAGAUAUGAAAAAUCAUAUGAAAAAACUGAAAGAAAUAGGAAAAGAAACAAUGAAAAUAAAAGUAAUAUAAAUAGAUAAAAAACGAGAUUUCAAUUCUGAAUCAGUUUUUUUAUGGAAAAAGGUCGAAAUCGAAAACCGAAAAAACAAAGCAAAACAACAUAAAAAAAAAACAAAAGGAAACAAGCAAACURAAUUUCACUUGCAGAGGCCAUCUUGACUUGACGUGCAGGGGUAGACUUUCAGCACAAUUGGUGUAAUAAUUURUCUUAAAUUAUUUAGUGUUGAAGUCACAGCAAGAACUUACAAAGUUUAUCAAAUUCUUACUCACAAUAUUCGUAUUUUCAUGCAAUUAUUAGAUCUGAUAUGUCACGAUAACGUUUUAUCAAUAGUAUUGUCGUGUUACUGCUUGGUUUAGAACCAACCCUGUACUGAAAAUUUAUAAAAAAAUAAAGGUGUUUUAAUUUGUCCAUA